AUGCCUCUAAAUAGACUUUCAUUAAAUUUGCCAGAAUAUGGUAUAUUUGGUAAUACAUCAAAUCAAAAAAAGUGGAUGGUUUCUGAUCUUAUUAUUUUAGUCGUAAUAGUGAUCUUAAAUUACCCAGUUUAUUACCAAGAACCUUUUGAAAGACAAUUUUACAUUAACGAUCUAACAAUUUCUCAUCCAUAUGCAGAACAUCAACGAGUUGGUAACUUGGCUUUACUCCUCUAUUCUUAUGUUCUUCCAGUUAUUGUGAUUAUUCUUAUUGUAUUAAUUUUUGCUGAUUCAAGACAUAGAACUUACCUGUUAUACGUUUCUCUAUUAGGUUUGACCAUGUCGUUCACAUUGAAUACUCUGUUCACAAAUUACAUUAAAAAUUGGAUUGGGAGAUCAAGACCUGAUUUCUUGGCAAGAUGCAUACCAAAAGGAGGUUUGGAAAAGGAUGUUUUAUAUACUGCAUCUGAAGUUUGUACGACAACUGAUAGAGAGAAACUUUUGGAAGGUUUUAGAACUACACCAUCAGGCCAUUCUAGUGAAAGUUUUUCAGGCCUAGGAUUUCUCUACUUAUGGUUAUGUGGGCAAUUAUUGACUCAAAACCCUUCAGUAGGUAUUUGGAGAAAAAUAACUGCUAUGUUGCCGCUAUUAGGUGCUACAUUAAUUGCUCUAUCAAGAACUGAAGAUUAUAGACAUCAUUUUGUAGACGUCAUAAUCGGUUCUGCUCUAGGUUAUUUCUUUGCUUAUAACAUUUACCUAAGGUAUUUCCCUUCAAUUGAUUCAGAAAUACCAUUUAAGCCUUUACUAGAUGACUCUGAGGUUGAUUUUAGAUUAGAGCAAGAGCAUGUUCGUAUUCCUGAUGAAGAAGAAUUAGCUGAUUAA